GUGGUUGAGUAGCGUGGGGAUUUUUCCUCCCGGGUCUUAGACUUUUUUGGCAGGAACCGGACUUCGAUUCUCUCCGUUUACGCCAACCCAUCGCAGGUUACUGUAGAUGUCCGUGUUCUCGUCAAGAUGGGUAUGCUGAGCGGUGCACAAUUGAGUCUUUACAUUACCGUGGCGCUGCUUAGGAUAGACGCUUGCUCGGUUUGAAUCGGAAAAGGUCGGAAGGAGACGGUGACUCUUUACAGGGGUAUAAAAACGGUACAGUAUUGAGGCCCCUUGUUUCACCAGUUUCAAGUCGCUCUCCCCUUCCCUUUCACGAUCUAAAACUUGGUCUGACUCGUUCGACCGAUCCUAUCAUGCUACAACACUUGAUAAUUACAUAUGCUCCUCAUGUUACAAGACGCGUCGGCUACAAUGCCCUCGUAGUCGGCUCGCUAAGGCUGACCGCGUCUCGCUCAUUCUCUUCGAGCGCUCAACGCUACAAUGACUUAAAUGAUCGUCAAGCCAAAGCUGCCGCUGUUGGACCUCAUAAACAUGAUGCAUCCUCGCCAUCGCUCUCGGUGACCGCGAUUAACCACAAUGGCGAUAUAUCACACCAGAACAAGGGAACCCACGGGGAUUGGGUUUUAUUCCAUCCUGUGUAUGCUCCCGAAGAACUCAAGUCUGUUGAGGUGCUUCACCGCGAAGCGACUUGCUUUUCGGACAAGUUGGCUGCAAAUCUAGUGAAAUUUUCAAAAUGGGGAUAUGAUCUUGUGUCUGGUUUCAGACACAAAACCAUUCCUCCUGGGACGAACAUGACUCUUGAGCAGUUGCGAGAGGGAGGCUAUGUUCUAAACGAGAAGCAGUGGUUGCAACGUAUCCUAUUCCUAGAAUCCAUUGCGGGCGUUCCUGGCAUGGUAGCCGCCACGCUUCGCCAUCUACAAAGCUUGCGUCUUAUGCGGCGCGAUAAUGGAUGGAUCCAUACUUGUUUAGAAGAAGCUGAAAAUGAACGUAUGCAUUUGAUGACGUUCAUGACUCUCCGGAAUCCCUCCAUCUUCUUCCGCGCAAUGAUAUUGGGUGCCCAGGGCGUAUUUUACAACUUGUUUUUCCUUUCCUACCUCAUUUCGCCUCGUGCUUGUCAUCGAUUCGUUGGCCAUCUCGAAGAAGAAGCCGUCGCGACAUAUACCAAAUGUAUCAAGGAGAUAGAAGCUGGUCGGGUCCCCGAAUGGUCCGAUCUGCCCGCUCCCCAGAUUGCCAUUGAUUACUGGCGUCUUGACCCUAAUUCGAAAUUAUUGGAUGUCAUAUAUGCUGUCCGUUCAGACGAAACUUCACACCGUUUCGUCAACCACAGCCUUGCUAACCUCGAUGUAAAUACGGAUGUGAACCCGUUCGCUCUACAGGAACCAGACAUGCACACCAAGGGCAAGAAAAUUGCUUUCGAGCGGCCUGAAUCUGAGCAAUAUUUCAAGGAAACUCGGGAUAUGCUUCGAAAAGUAUCUGCGGAUUCUUAAAUUGGUCCAACAUACGAAAUAUUUUUUUCUUUUUUAUACACAUCUAAUAACUGUACAGGACCCUCUCAUUAUAAUCAACCCCCACUCAUUGAUCAAGUUUGCCCAUAUUUUUAGAGGAUUGUUACUGUACUUACUCACGCACUUUAUUUCGAGCGCCUGUAUAUAUAAGAGUUAGCGCUCGUUAAUGUCAUCUUCACAAAAGUACCUUCUGAAUUUUACUGAUACUUACUAUUACCCUGAAUAAAGAUGGCUCGGGAGUCUUGUAAC